AUGUUCCGUGACUGCGAAGCUUUACAGGAAUCCAUUCCGUCCCACAGUGACACACCUUUGCCAUCCUGGGCAACGGGUAUCUUUUUCGAGCCGCCCCACUUCCAUGACGAGCCUACACAGGUGUGGAAACUUCCAGUGGUGGAAACGCGUUGGUGUCCACAGCCCACGAUGUUUGUGGAUGGCAGUUGUGUUUCACCAUCGGUGGGUGCCAAUCCGCGCAGGUGCCUCCGCAAUUGCAGUGCCCGGCCUUUCAAGCAUGCUGCAGCUGUGCACAGUGCCUCUGUUAACUCUUUUUGUUGCGAGCUUUAUGCUUUGAUCUUGGCUAUCCAUUUGACGGGGACAUCAAUGUCGCUACUGAUUGUCCUAUUCGUGCAGUCUCGCCCUUAUCUCCAGCAAGCAGUUUCCGUGCAAGUUCACUUGGUUGCCACUUUAGUUAAGCGCUCGGCAGCUUGCCAACUUGCACCUUUUGACGAGGACGAACAGGUGCUGCAGAUGUACAGAACGAAUAUUUUACUGCCUGAUGUCCUCUUUGACUGCAGGCCUCAAGGGGAACGAACUCCCUGGCUGGUAGUUUUGAUCGAGUUUCUUGCAGUGUAUGGUUUCCUUCCUGGUUGGUUGGUCCCGGGCAUGACCGCCCGCGUCCUGGUGUCUCGCGAUGACUACCUGGUGGUGCGUCUCAAGCGCUUGCUGGUCUGGGCAGGGAAAUGCAACGUGGCCGAGCUCCAGCUUGGGGGCGUGCCGAAUCAGGAGGCAGACUGCGCAUUGGCGUUGCCGCAAGUCUGCACGUCCCGUUUCCUUUGUGCACCUGAGUUUCGGAGCUUGGUGGUGGCUUGCAGAGGCUUCUGCCGCCUGCUGGCGCGGCCGGACCUACUCGAGCCGCUCAUGAAGAUCUCUGAGCUCGGUUACUGUCAGAUCCAAGGCUUCUCUGAGACGGCCGCCAAGCGCCUGGCCUGGCUAGACGAGAGUAUCCUCAACGCACGGGCAGGCAUGAGGAGCCUGGGCGUUUCGUCGGUGACAGCUUUGCGCGCAGAGAUCCGACUUGGCGAGCCAGCCGGGGAUGUCACCAUCGCGCAUGCUCUGCUGGAGCCAACCGCGUCUCUUGUAGGCGACAACCACGAUCAGGGCGACAGCUUCGCCGCCCGGUGUCUGCUCUCGGAGGGCCCAGCUUUCCUGGCCCGUGCGCAGGCUCUGAGGCCCGAGACAGUGCCACUGCUGCGCCGGAAGCGCUUCCGACGGGCCUUUGCAAAGCACCAAGAGGCCAUCCGCGCAGCGGCCGCUGGCUCCGCCCGAGACAGCAAGGGCCAGGAGCCGGAGGUGUUUCAGAAGUUAGCCAGCUGGCUGGUCAUCGUGGAUGCCUGGUUCGAGAACCUGCCACUGCUGGCUGGUCUGUCUGCAAUGCGUGAGUCGCUGGUGGCCCACAUCGUACCGCUGACGGCCUGGUUGGUACGGCCUCACAAGCGCCCCCUCCUUGGCCGUGCCAUGCCACCGCCGGACCCUCCUGAUGCGGUCUUGAGGGAUCAGGAGAAGCUGCUCCGCGGCCUCGUACGGCAGGGCGAGGCGGAAACACAGCCGAAGAAGGUGGUACACCAGGCCCCGGUUCAGAGGGAGUCGAAGCCGAAGGUCACGGAAGCUGUCCCUUUCCUGGUGGGCCGCUGGCUUAAAGAGAACUCCACGCUGGAUGUCGAGGAGGGGAAGGCAUACACGGCCGUGGAGACCGACCGAUCCAGCGAGGUUCGCAUAGACGAUCUUUUUGGUGGAGACUCUGGCACGCUAGUGUAUUCCACUGAUGAAGAGGAUGUCGACAGCCCGUAA